AGAUUGUUGCCAAUUCUAAACGUGCAUCCAAUUCAAGUAGUAGAUGUUAACCUAACCUAACCUCUAUCAAUCAUGUGAGGGUUUACGACGUAAAACAAACAAAAUUUAUUCAUUGCGCAAAAUUAAACCACGGUAGACUGUCGUGAACAUUCGCAAUCGACGAGUGUGGCUGUAACAAUGCUGUUCAAUAGGAGCAUAUCUAUGUUACGACGGUGUCUGCGACGCAAGCCUUUCACCAUUGAUACAGUUUAUCUUACACAUUUACAGAAAAAUUAUAGGAAAAAUGUAUAUGAAUUUAAUCAGACUCGUAAUUUUAAAAAUUUUGGUCAUACUCCAAGAAAGGAACGCUGGUCUACCUAUGUCAUAUUUAUAUUUUGUAGCGCUGGUUUAUUUAUAAACUGUUUUGAUUGGCAACAUAUGCUUAAGAUAGAUAAAAUACCUGUAGUAGAAGCUGCCAGCAUUCUAGCAGAAGAGACUCAGAAUAAUGAGAACGUAGAAAAUAUAGAACAAGAUUUACAAAAAAAGAAGAAAAACAAAAAACAGAAGAUUGGAUUUCGCGAUAGAAAGAUAAUAGAAUACGAAAAUCGUAUAAGGCAUUAUUCUACGCCAGACAAAGUGUUCCGUUACUUUGCAACUCUCCAAGUCACAACCAACGACAUACACGAAGUAUUUAUGACGCCGGAUGAUUUUUUAAGAUCAAUAACACCUGGCGUAAAACAACCUGAUGGUCUUGGGCUGGAUCAGUACAAGCGUUAUGAUCCAAAGAACAUUCACACUAAAUUAGAAUUAGAAUUGGACGAAGAUAGUAUCUUCUACAAACUGGGCAGUGCGGGUCUUAUUACUUUCUCUGAUUAUAUUUUUCUGCUGACCGUAUUGUCAACUUCUAGGCGUCACUUUGAAAUCGCAUUUCGAAUGUUUGAUUUCAACGGAGAUGGUGAUGUCGAUUCCGAAGAAUUUGGAAAAGUAGCUACAUUGAUACGGCAACAAACCAGUAUAGGUACCCGGCAUCGCGAUCACGCAACUACAGGAAACACAUUUAAGGGUGUAAAUUCUGCAUUAACAACAUAUUUUUUUGGGCCACAAAUGAAUCAAAAACUAACGAUCGAAAAGUUCUUGGACUUUCAGAAGCAGCUGCAACAAGAAAUUCUGAGUCUUGAGUUUGAACGACGAAAUCCGGAUGAAGAUGGCAAUAUCACCGAGAUAGAUUUUACAGAAUUAUUGUUGGCUUACGCUGGAUAUCCAGCGAAAAAGAAGGCAAAAAUGUUGAAGAGAGUGAAAAAGACCUUCAAAGAAAAUCCCAAAGGGAUCAGCAAAGAGGAAUACCUCAAGUUUUUCCACUUUUUAAACAACAUUAACGACGUUGAUACAGCCCUGACAUUCUAUCAUAUUGCUGGCGCAUCUAUCGAUCAAGCGACAUUGAAGCACGUGGCAAAAACUGUAGCACAUGUUGAUCUAGAUGACCAUAUUAUUCAAGUAGUAUACACAAUUUUCGACGAGAACAUGGACGGACAACUCAGCAAUCGGGAGUUUGUUGCUGUGAUGAAGAACCGUGUACUUCGCGGUCUGGAGAAGUCAAAGGACACUGGAUUUGUCAAGUUAAUUCAGUCCCUAAUAAAAUGCGCAAAACAUAGCAAUCUCUUGUCGUACGAUAAAUAAUUUAGUAUAUUGAAAUGCUUCUUCAUUAAGUGUUUGUUUUAUUAAUUGUAUAAUAAUUUAUUGAGAAAGAAAUAAAAUACUAUGAAAAAUAUAAUAUUUAAAACAA